AUGGCCUCCUGGAAUCUCAAAUCAUGUUUCGAACAACUUACUUUUGCUAUAGAAACAGCUCUUAACGGUGACAAGGAGUUCAAGGCCGCUACUAUCACACAAGAUAUUAAAUUCUCCAUUAUCGCAUCGGACACGAACGAAAAUCUCCUCGUGUCUAUUCAGUCCGGCGUUGCUCGCAUCAAGCUCGAUCAUUCUACAGUCGCCGAAUUCGCCUUGUCAGCAAGAUCACAGGAUUGGCAAGAAUUCUUUGCGCGGGUGCCGAGACCACCCUAUCAAUCAUACUGGGGCAUUCUCCGUGUUUUUGGAAAUGAAUCCGGCGUUGGGAUUUCAGGCGAUCUUAGUGCAUUUAGCAAGAGCGUCAGUGUAUGGCGCAUUUUCCUUGAAACCGCUCGGGAAAUCAUGCACAAUCAGUCAGCCCUAGCAAUUGAUCAAGAUAUCGACGAGGGCAUCGUGAAAGAGGAUAGCAUCGUGGGAAAGUACCUAUGGCUCAAACUUUCUUCUUUUGGUCAAACCAAGAUAUUUUACGAGUGCGCGGGACAUGGACCAAAGCCUAUAUUGUGGCUACAUACAGCUGGUGCUGACUCGCGACAAUUCCACGAAUUGAUGAACAACAAGAGUCUUCAAGAGCGGUACACCAUGUAUGCUUUCGACAUGCCAGCCCACGGCAGGUCAUCUCCGGGCUCAAAACAAGUACCGCAAGGUUAUACAAACAAUGAGGAAAUAUAUAUCGAAGUCAUACACCAGGUGAUUAAAAAGCUGCAUCUGACGCAGCCCAUUGUUUCUGGUGCUAGCAUGGCUGGUCAUGUUUGUCUUGCGGUCGCUUUGAGAGCCCAAGAAAUGGGGGUAGGUGGCGUUAUCCCAGUUGAAGCAGCCGAAUAUCUGCCUCUUGUACAACCUAAUUAUGAACUGGGAGGUCACUUCAACGAGUCGAUCAUCAAUCCAGAACGCGUAUGUGGGAUGACAUCACCUACAUCAACGAAGGCACGCAAACAACUCAUAUGGUGGAUAUACUCAUCUCAGGCUGCACGAGUGUUUCAAGGAGAUUUGAAAUUCUACUUCAAAGGUUGGGAUGGCAGAAACCGCCUGGAACACAUUGACACAUCAAAAUGUCCUGUGUAUAUGCUUACCGGCGAAUAUGACUACAGCUGCACACCUGAAGCAAGUGCAGCAGCGGCAGCAAAAAUUCCGGGUGCUCAAUUUGAGAGGAUGGAUUAUAUGGGUCAUUUCCCGAUGACAGAAGACCCAGAGCAAUUUUUGGUCUACUUAAACAGGGCUUUAGAUUUUAUCGAGAAAUCUCGAGUUGGCUAG